CUCCAUCGCGCCCGCCCGCUCACUCGAUCAGUCAGUCGUGCGUCGGGUUGGAGUAACCAUAUACCUAGCCUAUUAUUUCUAGUAAUUAACAAAAAUCAGAACAAACAUGAGCACCAAUGAAAAUAACAGUGAAGUGGCCGUUGACAAGGUCGGAGACGAGAAGACUGGGGAUGCGAAAAGUGAUCUAAAAGGAGCCAAAAGGGCAGCAGAGGACAAAGCGACGGAAGCAAAAAAGGCGCGAAAAGAAGAAAAUGGCGGCGGAGACGACGAAGCACAUAGUGAAGAGGACGAUUUGGAAGGAGAAGGCGAGGGGGAGGAGGAAGAUGAUGAGGAAGUAGACGAAGGUGACGAAGACGAGGAAGAUUUAGAAGAGGGCGAAGAAGACGAUCUCGAAGAUGAGGAGGUGGAAGAGGAAUUAUUAGGGGAAGAGGAGGAAGAGGAUGCGUAAUACGCCCCGUGCCUCUAUAAGGACAAUGUCACAGUGAAGUGUUAGUGCACGUGACGGCCCGGACUGGCGCGGCCUCGCUUCGCCCCAACGCACCCUUCGUUACACCCUUAUAUUGGACGAUUGAAAAUGUUCCUGCACACUUACGAUACACCGAAAGUUGCGCCGUUUUGAGACUAUCUUUCUCAAACUGUAUAAGAAAUAAUCAUGUUGCCAUUUAAAGUUUUAGUAGUCGAAUUUUGUUUCUUAAUUUGCCACAUAGUUAUGAAUUUUAAUAAUAAAAUGAACUAAUAUAAGGGUGCAACGAGCCCGCGGCCCUGCGCUCGCGGUGGCCAGUUGGGAACACGCGGGGCCGACGACGCUCCCACCUAAAACGGGUGCAAUUAAUUUAAUAAAUGACAACAAACCGUAAUUAAGUCUAAUCCAAUGCAGAUUUUCAAUUUUUUACAAUGUUAUAAGUUUUAAACAGAAAGCGGUCUGAUGUACAUUGCAGCGCUCGCUGCUAACAAUUAAGACUUAGUGGAAUGCUGUUGAAUUUUUGUCAUGAGAUGUACAAAUGUGUUUUCUUUUUGAAAGUAAACUUUAUGUCUAAGUGAAAAUUUGCUCUGUAUUUAGAAGUAAUCCUAUGA